UAUGAGUGCUUAUUGUGAGGUGUGAUUAUAUGUCAAAUCCUGUAUAAUUAAAUAAAGUUAUAGUGCAGUUGUUUUUUAGUUAUUAGUAAUUUUGUUUUCCUUAUUUCAUAAAUAUAAAUAAUUAGGCAUCAACACCAAGUGACCUUAAAAUAUUUUGACCAUGACAGAAGAUUUAGCAGCUAUUAAAGAAGAGGAUUUCAGGCAAUUAAAGGAAAGGAUGAAAUUAAUUGCCGAUGCGGACCCAGCGCAAUACCACAAUGAGUAUUCCCUUAAAAGAUAUUUACGAGCUUUUAAAACAGUUGAUAAUGCUUUCCAGGCAAUAUUAAAAACCAACAAAUGGAGAGUUGAAUAUGGGGUCUCUAACCUACAUGAAAACAAAGAAAUUAUUGAAAAGUAUGCAAAUAAGGCAAGAGUGCUCCGUCAUAGAGAUAUUAUUGGCAGACCAAUUAUUUACAUUCCGGCCAAAAAUCAUAGUUCUAAUGAUAGAAAUAUUGAUGACCUCACAAAGUUUAUUGUGUACUGCUUGGAGGAUGCCAGCAAAAAAUGUUUUGAAGAGGUUGUAGACAAUUUAUGCAUUGUAUUUGACUUGAGCAAUUUUACAUUAUCAUGUAUGGAUUACCAAGUUCUUAAGAAUUUGAUUUGGCUCCUGAGCAGACAUUAUCCAGAGAGACUCGGUGUUUGUCUUAUAAUAAAUGCACCAACUUUUUUUUCUGGAUGCUGGGCGGUUAUAAAGGGAUGGCUCAAUGAAAACACAGCGGGGAAAGUGACAUUUGUGAAUUCAGAAAUGGACCUUUGUCAGUAUCUGAUACCGGAUAUUCUACCCACCGAUAUGUAAUAAAGGUUUUGUUGAUAGUUUUAAACAUCGCUAGAGUACCUAAAAUAUAAGCUAGAUCCAAUUAAACAGUCUAAUGUGUAGAAAAAUACGCAGAAUUGUUAUAGUUUUUCUAUUUUUAAAAUAUGUAACUAUUUUAAUUCCGUAAAUUAUGAGACUAUGUAUUAAUUUCAAGUUUUGCAUAAUUCACAAAAUAUAAAAGAGCUGGAUAUUUGUUAAACACGUUUUUUAUAAUAUAUUGAAGUUGUCAUUUAGGUAAAAACAUAAUGAUGUUACACCAGACUACUUUAUUUAAUAGUCAUAGCAUUUAAGUAAAUUGCCCCAAUAUAAUUAAUAAUGUAAUAAAUAAUUAAAAAACGGUAAAUCUGUAUAAAUAAAUAUAACUGGAUUACAAAUAGGGUUUUUAGUUGAUGCUUAAAUAAUUAAUGCCUUUAAAUAUAAAACAAAAAAAACAUUUUAACUAUAACCAUGUGUCAUUACAGAACCAAAUUCUAUUAUAUAUAUACUAUAAUUUAUUUAUAAUAUCAAGAUUAUGAUUGCCUAGUCACUUAACUUUAUAUUUAAUUUGUUGACAUAUCUGAAGGCCAUUAAACCAAAGGAUUAACUUUAAAUUCAAAUUGAUUCAUAAUUUAUUCAGCUAAGAACAAAUAAAUAUUAUCUAUUAAAUUCCAUAUUACAGUAAAUAGUCAUGUAGU